UGUGUGUGUGUGUAUGAUAGUGUGAUGGAGUGUGUGUGUGUGUAUGGUGUGUGUGUGUGGCUUGGCUGCACUGCAGUGCUCUACAGAUUGGGGAAGGUCGGCUCUCCGGUGUGACGUCAGAGAGAGAAGCGGCCAUUAGGGCUCGGAAGCAGCGCGCGGAUUAAAGCCUCAGCAUCCCGGUGCAGUCCGGACCGAGAUCGGGCUCAGCCCGGGAGUCCCGCCCCGGUACCGACACGCGGCUUUGUUCCGCCGCAGCAGCCGAACCGAACCGAACCGAACCGAACCAUGCCGCUGCAAGACAAGAGGUAGCUAAAGCAGAGCGGAGCGGGGCGGGUUUGGGACGGGACUCGAACCAGGGUCCGGGGGUUUGAGCAGAGAGCGCGCGCUGAGGACGGAGCGGGGAGCGGUCCCAUGCGGAAUCCCUCAGCGGGCCGGAGCUUCAGAGCAGCGCAGCGCAGCGCGGAUCAGCGGCGUCCAUGUGAAGCUCCGACUGCACAGAGCUGCUGAGAAUGGGAGCUUUAACCAGCAGACAGAACGCCGGAGUGGAGGAGGUGGACAUCCCGUCCAACUCUGUCUACAGAUAUCCACCCAAAAGCGGAAGUUACUUUGCCAACCAUUUCAUCAUGGGAGGAGAAAAGUUUGAUUCGACCCAUCCUGAGGGCUACUUGUUUGGAGAAAACACAGAUCUCAAUUUCCUGGGAAACAGACCGCUUACAUUCCCAUAUACUGCCCCACCACCUCACGAGCCAGUGAAGACCCUCCGAAGUCUCAUCAACAUUCGAAAAGAUACUCUCCGGCUGGUCAGAUGUAGCGAAGACAUGAAGCUGCCCGGGCAUGAGGUCGGAAAGAGCCGUAGUUGCUACAACAUUGAGUUUACCUUCGAUGCUGAUACACAAGUUGCCAUCACCAUUUACUACCAAGCCAUUGAGGAAUUCCACAAUGGCGUGCCAGUAUACCUGCCCCAGGACAGCUCUCUGAAAUCGGAGACGGUGCAUUAUAAGAGAGGCGUCUGCCAGCAGUUCUGCUUGCCUUCACAUUCUGUCAACUUGUCCGAGUGGGCAGACGAGGAGCUUUUAUUCGACGUGGAUAAAGAAGUUUUCCCCAUGGUGGUUCAGGCGGUGGUGGAUGAAGGAGAUGAACAUUUAGGACAUGCUCACAUUCUUCUCGCCACCUUUGAGAAGCACAUGGACGGCAGCUACUGUGUGAAACCACUGAAGCAGAAGCAAGUGGUAAGACCUCUGACUGUGGACGGCGUUAGUUACCUACUUCAGGAGAUUUACGGCAUUGAAAACAAAUACAACAGCCAGGAAUCUAAACAGGUGGCUGACGAUGAGAUCAGCGAUAACAGCGCGGAGUGUGUAGUGUGUCUGUCUGAUGUGCGCGACACACUCAUCCUUCCCUGCAGACACCUGUGCUUGUGCAACGCCUGCGCAGACACUCUGCGUUACCAAGCCAACUGCUGCCCGAUUUGCCGUCUGCCGUUUCGAGCUCUGCUGCAGAUCCGAGCUUUGAGGAGGAAGUUAAGUCCCAUCUCCACCACCGGCUUCAAUCCAGCCAUCACCUCGCAGUCGUCAGACUCUGAGGAGCAUUCGGCGGCUGAACACAUUCCCCAGGGAUUUGAGGCCGUGUCUCUUUUAGAGGCUCUAAACGGCCCACUGAACCCCUCGCCAUGCGCUCCUGCACUGCACGGCCUCACCAAAGCGCACAUCUCUGGAACUCUGCCUGCGUACGGCUCUGCGAGUCAUCACACGGCCACACACUCGCUGUCUCACCUGGAGCACAACAUCACCUCCAGCCAAGGCCUCAAGGUCAAGAAGAGCAGGUCCAAGUCUCUGUCCCAGAAUUCCCAGAACUCCUCAGUGCUGCCUGAGGAGGAGGAUGAGAAGUCCUGCAGUGAGUCGGAGGCUCAGGUGUGCAGGAGGAAACUUCCUGUGGACCAGCAAGAGUGUGGCAUGACCCCUGAGAGCGAGAAUUUCACUCUGUCCUCAUCCGGAGCGAUAGAACAGUCCUCGUGCAGCGGCACCCCGCUGUCUUCCACCAUCACCUCCCCUGAAGACCCAGUGAGCAGCAGUUUGGCUCAGUCUGUCAUGUCCAUGGCGUCUUCACAGAGUCAGAACUCACGCAUCAGCACCGACACGCUCUCCUCCAUGUCCGGCUCCUACCUGCCGGGGGCCGAGGGGGACGAACGCCACCAGAACACACCUGAGAGCCGGCCAGCCUCCCAGCAGGAGGGAGAGAAAACCCCCAGUGAGACGCAUGACUCCAGAUUCAUGGUAGCAGUAGUUGAAGAGCAGGAUUCAGAGGGAAAUGAUGUCACUGAGGAGGACUGUGCGUCUCCUACUAAAGGGCAGGGUGGGCGCAGGAGGAGUGAGGUGCCUUGUCCAGAGUUUGACAAUAACAAUCAGGGGCGGUCUGACACCCACUGUGUGACAGGCCUGGACAAUGAACAGGCUCCUGAUGGCCAAUUCGCUGAGCUGCUCUACCUGGAAGCCAACUGGCGUUCCCAGGAGUCUCUGCUUCAGCAUGCCUCGAAUAGCAACAUCAAUCUGGAUGAGCAGCGCAUCACCAACAUGGGGACGAGCCCGAGAAAUGCACCAAAAACACGCCACGGACCUCUCGCUGUGUAAAAGGCAUCCCGUCAGGAUCCGACUCCCAUGCCAAGUCCUCGUCUCACCCUCUGAGCUGAAAAACAGAACAAUUUCUUUCUCAAAUCUCAAAUAAGAGUGGUACUCAGCAGUGGCUUUCUCUUCAGCCUUCACUCCGCUCCUUUACCAAUGCAUGUGGAGAAACACUCACAAUGAACAGACCGGUGGAUUUGAUUAAAAGGACUUCAUGAACCUCUGAUUCAAACAGGAGUUCUGACUUUUCAGUUAAGUAUUAAUUAGAAGUGUUUAAACCACAGGAACGUAGUCACUUUGGCGCAUUUCCACCAGAGGGAGCAAGAGCAAUUCAAUUCCUGGGCUGGACUUUCGUUUCAAGAACCUUUUUAGUUCCUGGAAUUAUUCAUAUAGUGACAUGAAAAAGCAUCAUUAAGUCGUAUAGUAGACAGAAUGUUUAAUGACAUGCCCCUUCUACCGUUUAACAGUGACUGUGGGUUAACUAUGCUUUUGCAAAAGUCAGCCCUUAUUUUGCGCUUGGUGAAAUUCAAACCUCACAGAACGACAAUUCGGUCAAAAAUUUACAAUUACUAAAACAUCAGAGAGCUUCACCCAAGUGGUGAGUCAAAAAAAGUUGAAGGAAUUGCAGUAAUACGUUUGGUACACGCACCACCUUAAAGGUGCAGUAUGCAAAUUUCAAAAGGGUUUUGAUCCCUAUAAUAUUUGCAUAAUUUCAAAGAAAAACAUGCAAUGGGUUUUAUUUAUUCAUUUGGGUUUGGAUUUCUAUUUACAUUUUUUCUGGCCCAGAAAUGAGCUCCUCCCUCAGCUGCAACAGAGCUGCUCAGGUACGCCCCCCCUUUUCCUUAAAAGGCAACUCAACAUGCAACUAUUUUCAGUAGGCUUAUUAGUGUGGUCAUUGUAAAAGCAAUACACCUCACAUACAGUGGAGGGCUGUAAAAAUGACAAACUGCUGCUUUAAUGCUAAUAAAUAGCAUUGUUAUUUCUGUAGCAUGGUGGAAAUGCGUCGAUUGUAACUUACACUGUUCUCUUGUCAUAGCACCUGGAAGGCCUGAGGCUUAAUCACCUUUAAAACAAAACAUGAAUACGUGAAUUAGCUAAAGAUUUGCAUGCACGGGUAAUACAGUACUUUCUUAACUCACUUGCACUCCAGAAUAUUCAGUGUUUGAAUGACAAUAUCAACAUGUUGCACUUCCUGUAUCACUGGGACAAAUGAUGCAAGCGGAAGGUGGAUUUUAGAAACCAGUUCACCUGCUUGCUCACAAUACAAACUGGACUUUAGAGCAAUAACACAUCCUCGCUGAGCUGCUCUUAUCGUCGUGCAUGUUACAGCGCUACAGAAUCACCUACAGCUACAAAGCUGCCUCACCUGACAUCCGCAUCAGACUGGCCAAAUAAAUCAGUCGAAUGGAGAAGAAAUCUGCCACCACCAUCAUACAGCACACACGUGAUGCUUUUAAUAUCACAAACGUACAAUGAGAUCUGUUUACUGAUGAAAAGAAAUGUGCCACAUGAUUCUCAGUGUUCGACAAUUCAGGCUUAAACUGUCUCUGGUAUUUGCAAAUGGAAUUGACUGUAAUGCCUGGCGUGGAUUGUAAUUACCAGCUAUCAGUGUUAAAUAUGGUUCUCCGUCUUCCCAAGGUACGAAAUGUGCUCAACAGGGUCAUAUGGGUGGAGCUAGAUAUUGUGCAGGUCUCUGAUUGGCUCAAAUGUCACAUGGUCACCAUGGUCACAAUUUGUUACUUAAGUUCAGCAUGCUAAAUAUUAUUCCAUUACAAUUUCUUACUUUGUCAAUAAUGGAGGGAUAUUUUGGACAAUAGUGCAGUUUGGGAUGUAGAUCGAAUCGACAGUAGAGCAUAGCAAUCUUCUGAAGUGUCUGAUAAAACCAAAACCUCAGUAAAACAUAAAUCCGUCCUUGAAGUUCACAAACUUCAGAAAACUCUAUCUGCUCCAUGUGUAGGCACUCGGGAUGUCCUGGAACACAAUGGCACUAUCUGUAUCGGGAUCUACAGUAUUUAGGGAUCAAAAUAUCCGUAUCUGGGGGCGGCACGGUGGUGUAGUGGUUAGCGCUGUCGCCUCACAGCAAGAAGGUCUGGGUUUGAGCCCCGUGGCUGGCGAGGGCCUUUCUGUGUGGAGUUUGCAUGUUCUCCCCGUGUCCGCGUGGGUUUCCUCCGGGUGCUCCGGUUUCCCCCA